UCGUUGGGUAACAGAUAAAAUUCUCAAUCACCACACCUAAAUUCCAUAAAACCCAUGGGCUUACCCGAAUAAAACCCAACAAAAAAGAGCGCGUACUAUAUAUUAUAACCAAAACCCUAGUUACUCUUCACCCAUUUCCUCCUCCAUUUUCGCCGCACGGUAGAUAGAGUCCUCGGAGGUUAGUCGGAAUGGGUAGGGUUAUCAGAGCACAACGUAAGGGUGCGGGAUCAAUCUUCAAAUCCCACACCCACCACCGCAAAGGACCCGCAAGAUUCCGCAGUCUCGAUUUCGGUGAAAGAAACGGUUAUCUCAAGGGAGUAAUCACCGACAUCAUCCACGACCCCGGUCGCGGUGCACCUCUUGCCAAGGUCACUUUCCGUCACCCAUUCCGGUAUAAGAAACAGAACGAGCUUUUUGUUUCUGCUGAAGGACUCUACACUGGACAGUUUAUUUAUUGCGGGAAGAAAGCUACUCUUGUUGUUGGUAAUGUUUUGCCUGUUAGGUCUAUUCCUGAAGGAGCUGUUAUUUGUAACGUUGAACACCAUGUUGGUGAUCGCGGUGCUUUCGCUAGAUGUUCUGGUGAUUAUGCUAUUGUUAUUAGUCAUAAUCCUGAUAAUGAUACAUCUAGGGUUAAGCUUCCAUCUGGGGCAAAAAAGAUUAUUCCAAGUGGUUGCAGGGCUAUGAUUGGCCAAGUUGCUGGUGGAGGAAGAACAGAGAAGCCACUUCUUAAGGCCGGUAAUGCUUACCACAAAUUUAGAGUAAAGAGGAAUUGUUGGCCUAAGGUUCGUGGUGUGGCUAUGAAUCCAGUUGAACAUCCUCAUGGAGGAGGUAACCACCAGCAUAUUGGACAUGCUAGUACUGUUAGACGUGAUGCUCCUCCCGGGCAGAAGGUUGGUCUUAUUGCUGCUAAGAGAACUGGUCGACUUAGGGGGCAGGCUGCCGCUACUGCUUCUAAGGCUGACUGAUAUAAUUUAAGAGAUUUUUAGGGUUUUGUUUGGGUGUUAGAUUUUGAAUUUUUGGUAGUUUUUCUGUUUGUUUGUUCUAAAUUGGUUGGGUAUUGUUUUCAGAACCUUUUGCCCUUUUUUAUUUAUAAGAAACUUAUAAAUGACAGUGGAUUAUAGUUAUUUUCAAUCCUUC